AUGGAGAAGAGUCGUUCUGUGCCCACCAUACCCUCUCGAUACACCGUGACCCUGAUCAAAGGCAACCGAGAGUACAAAGGGUUCAACAGCCGGUCCAUGCGCUUCGAGGUCCAGGCGCCGAGCGAAGCGCCAGGGCCUGGCAGUUACGGCCAGCAGAAAGCCUUCCACGAGGACUUCACGGGUCGGCCGAGCUGGGGCGUCAGGGGCACCGGCGGCUUCGCCUCGAAAGCCCGGCGCUUCAACGUCCGGAUCCUGCUUCCUGGAUUGGGCUGCCCUGGCCCAGGCGCCUACGGUGCUCCCAUGCAGAAGGCGGUCAGGGCGCCCUCCGCUGCAUCCUUCGCCUCCUCCAAAACUUCUCGAGCUCAGAGCCUCUCGGAGCUUCCGGGCCCGGGGCAGUACGAACCCAGGCUCCUGGCCAACCAGAGCGAGGGCGCCCGUGCGGCCUUCCGGUCGACCAGCCUCCGCUUGGAGAACCCAAGCGACGAGGCCUCCGCGCCAGGCCCCGGCGACUACCACGACGGCCUGGUGAGGCCCGUGGGCUACAUCCCCGAGCACCUGCAGAGCCUGGACAUGCGGAUGCCCACCUUCAAGGCGCGCUCGGUGCCGCGCAUCACGCGGGUGCACCGAGACCUCCCGGCGGCUUCGGCCAAAGCCAGAGGCCUCCUGGGCAACUUUGCCAACGAGGUGAGCCGGCAGUGCCUCGGAAGCCAAGCCCUGGCAGAGGCCCUGCCGGGCCCCGGGGAAUACCAGGACAUUACGAAGGCCCACUCGAGCGCAGCGACGGCCGGGAGUGCCUUCCAGGGCUCCAAGCGGAUGGACCUUGGAGCACAGGAGUCCUCCUUCCCGGGCCCGGGCAAGUACGAGCCGCGCAAGGUCGCGUCACCGAUGGCCCGCACUUUGCGUUCCGCCUUUCAGUCGACCUCCGACCGUGGGAAGAUUCAGGUCUCCUCGGCACCUGGCCCGGCCUACUACAACCCCUCCAUGCCCAAGCUGCAGAAAUCCUUUCGGAUGAAGACGGCCAAUUUCGUUGCCUGA